CAGACGCCAGUAAAUAACACACUGACAGUAACGAAACCAAGCAGACCUAUGUAAAGGAGGCUGGCCCAGUGCGAUGCUCAUUUCUUAUCGCAUCAAGAUGAACUCAACAAUAGUUUUAUUGGCUUUGAUCGGUAUUCAGCUGGCUUAUUGCCAAAAAAACCUCGCUUUGAGACGUCCCACUUCUCAGAGUUCUACAUACGGAGGAUACAUACGGCGCGGACAAUGUCCGGGUCCAAAAGGGGAGAGCGACAAAGCAGUGGACGGGUUUACCAAUGGAGACUGGGGAGACAACUCGUGUACACACACCAAAUAUGCUAAAGAUAACUGGUGGCAGGUUACACUCGAAAAGGUCUACACAAUUGAGGCGGUGAAGAUUUUCAACAGAAUAGAUUGUGCUGGUUCUAGAAUCAUCGGCGCUAAAAUCAUGGUAGGAAAGGAUGGAGCCUUUGAAGAAUGUGCCACCGUUGAGGAAUUAAUUAAGGUAAGUGAAACAUUCCAGUGUGCCCCAGGACUGGAGGGUGAUGUCGUGAAGAUUGUUCAGGAUGAAGCUGUUUUGACACUUUGCGAGGUUCAGAUAUUUGGCAGUGAGUCAAGUGCGGAUGAAGAGGAGGAAGAGGAGGAAGAGGAGGAAGAGGAGGAAGAGGAGGAAGAGGAAGAAGAGGACAAAAAGGAGAAGAAGAAGAAAGACAAAAAGGAGAAGAAAAAGGAGAAGAGAAAGGAGAAGAAAAAGAAGGACAAGAAGGACAAGAAGAAGAAAAAAGAUGAUGCUGAAUAAAACAUGAUUAGUCAAAUUGUCUAGAACAAAAAGUUUAUGAUUAUUGUAUAAGAAUCUACAAUUUGUUAUAACUUAA